CCGUCGAGUAUUUUUUUUCCCUUCGACCCGGUCGCUAGAAUGUCGAUUGUCCAAAGCUCUUGUGUUUUGCCUUGACUUUCCAAGAAAGUGGAAACCCCAAACUCUUUUUUGUCUCUGCUGUUUGUUGGUAAUAAGAGUCGUCCGUGAAGACUUGUUGUUGGAAGUUAGGGACAGGGUCAGUUCGCAAAUCCUGGUGUGGGUAGAUCGAGAAACUCUUUUUUGAGCUUUGCUGCCAACUGAAAUAGAAGAAAUGUCUAGUUUGCAAAGGGGUUUCGAUCAAAAGAUAGAUUACGUGUUCAAAGUGGUGCUGAUAGGAGACUCUGCUGUGGGGAAAUCGCAGCUCUUAUCCCGCUUCACAAGAAACGAAUUCAAUAUCGAUUCCAAGGCCACCAUCGGCGUCGAAUUCCAAACUAAAACUUUGCUUAUCGAUCAUAAAUCCGUCAAGGCUCAGAUUUGGGAUACUGCUGGUCAAGAAAGGUACCGGGCGGUAACAAGUGCAUACUACAGAGGAGCAGUGGGGGCAAUGCUGGUGUAUGACAUAACUAAGCGUCAGUCAUUUGAUCAUGUUGCCAAGUGGUUAGAGGAAUUGCGUGGACAUGCUGAUAAAAACAUUGUGAUUAUGCUUGUGGGCAACAAGUCUGACCUUGCCUCCCUUAGAGCUGUUCCCAUAGAGGAUGCUAAGGAAUUCGCCCAAAGGGAAAGCCUCUUCUUCAUGGAGACUUCAGCCCUUGAGGCCACUAAUGUCGAAUCGGCUUUCCUUACUGUUGUAACAGAGAUUUACCGAGUCAUCAGCAAGAAAAACCUGGUAGCCAAUGAUGAACAAGAAGAAUCCGGGGGUAAUGCAUCACUUCUCAAGGGAACCACCAUUGUUGUCCCUGGUCCCCAACCACAAUCUGGUUCUGGAGGAAAGAGUUUCAGUUGCUGUGCGUCAUCAUCAUAGCCAUAGGGGGAACUGAACCCUUCUCUAUGUGUUGUCUCUUCUUUCUAGCAGGUCUUUUUAAUCUUACUUUUAUAAAAUCACCCCUUCCUUGUCUGCCUGAUCACGUGUAGAGUUUGUAUUGCAACACCCCUUCCCCUAGUUGAUUGAUAUAUAUAUAUAUAUAUAUAUAUACACACUCACAUAGAGAGAGAGAGAGAGAGAGAGAUGUAUAGGUUUUUCUUCAAAAAUUAAAAAGAUGUAAUGUAUUGACAUUAAGAUUUGUCUUGUACUCUCUAUCUGACUCGAAAUCUUGUGUGGUUCUGAUGGUUUGGUUUAGCUGUCAUUGUUGCCAAAACGGCAAAUUUAUUACAAUUAUACAAAGCAUUCUUAUUUCCGA